AUGUCAAAUCUCUUUCAAUUCUCUUCCGUUAUGCCUGAACCAACUGAAGCCAUGAUCGAAGAAGCAAAAAAUGACUACGCUCUUCGACUUUAUCGCUAUACUCAACUACAACUUAAACGAAUGAAAUCGAGGCAACAUCAAAUUUUUCAUCAUCACUCUUCUCCUGAUAGUCAUAAAAAAUCUCACAUUAAUAAAAAUUCUUUAAAUACCAAACUUAUUGGUAGAAUAUGUGAAAUAUGA